GCGGAGGCCGAGCCCCGUGCACCCUCAGAGCAGCUGCACCGCAUGCUCCAGGGGGGCGUUUGGAGUUGGGGCCUCAGCCCCUAGCAGGGGCAUCGCUGUCUCCCCCUUGUCACCUCUGACACGCGUGUCCCUGCUGGUGUGUGGCCGUGCCUUCCCCGAGUGCGGCUUGCUGCCAUCGGACACGGCUUCUCUCUCGCCAGCUUUUCCUCUGGGCCCCUCUCGCACGCGUGUCGUGUGGUUCUCUGCCAUUUUGCAGCGCGAAGCUCUCCCGGCGCUUAGUGCUACUGUUCUUUAUUUGCAGGCGAGCUGGUGACUGGCCGCAAUUCAGAAGAGUUGCAGCCACGGCCGAGGAGCUCCGUCAGCGCAACCUUUUACAGCAGGCAUGAUGUGUGUUGUACCAAUGAGUUGCCGGGAAAAACAUGUGAAAGUCUCCUCCAGGAACGUGGCACCAUACUUCCUUUCAAGCUAAUUUUGAGUCUUGCUUUGAUCAUGUCUUCAAAUUGCUUUCAGCAAAGAAUGUAUACCUCUAUCCAAAAAUGAGACUUUCAGGAUUGUCCUUGAAGAAAGAAGGAAGAUAUGAAACUGAGGACAUGCCAGAUUGCAAGCACAAUUUCUCAGAAGUUGUUAAGUCCUUGGCCCAAAGCAUCCAGAAACUUUAAGGAGGCUCUGUGCAUUUCAUAAUAGGGGGAGACUAAUGCAGAAAAAUUCAGCUGAAAUCUCUGUAAUAUUGAGUUACAAUGACAUCAGUGCCUGUUGGCUAUGGAAACCAUGGCAGCAUGUUACAUGGGUGGGAAAGACAUGAGUGGACAAUGUGGCCCAACUUCUGCAGAUUCCACGUCUUCUGCAUGAUGCUGGCAGUAUUAGCUGUUGUGGUACUGAUUCACAACGUUCAUCAGUUAGAGCACUUGGAUCAUAGCACAGUCUCAGGGUUAAAUUGGAUCACAGAACCUGGUGACCAGCAGUCUUCAUCUCGGACAACUAAAAUUGCCAGCAAGACUUAUUGUGGUUAUGAGCAUCAAAUUUUGUCCAAAAGAGAACGAGCUGAAGAGGAGUCCUUACUUGCUGCUAUACAAUGGCCAAAACCCCCUGAAGACAAAAUCCCUUUUGUACGAAGUACUGAUCCUGCCCACAGCGACUUCGUGAUUUUAAAUCAUCACGCACGUUUCAAGGUGGGUGAUCAGCUAGAGGUGUUAGUCCGUAUGAAAGAUUUUCAAGGCAAACCAAAGAAGUAUGGUGGUGACUAUCUACAGGCAAGAAUCCACUCUCCUGUGCUGAAAGCUGGUGCAACAGGAAGGGUUGUAGAUUACCAGAAUGGUUUUUACAAAGUCUUUUUCAUUUUGCUCUGGCCAGGGGAGGUCAAAGUGUCUGUGUCACUGGUCCACCCUAGCGAAGGGAUCCAAGUCCUUCAACGCUUACGGGAAGAAAAGCCAGACAGAGUUUACUUUAAAAGUUUAUUUAGAUCUGGAAGGAAUUCGGAAACAACUGUGUGCAAUGUGUGUUUGCCCGGAGAUCUUCCAGUAUGCAACUUCACUGAUCUCUACACUGGUGAACCAUGGUUCUGUUACAAGCCCAGAAAACUUCCCUGUGCCAGCAGAAUCAGCCAUGCCAAGGGGGGAUAUCAAAAGGGCCUUCUGACAGCAGCGGAGAAUCUCUUCUUCCAAAAUGAUGUGAAUAUCAAAAUGCCAGUAUUCUCCAGUGGCCCGGAUUCAGUGACUGUAAAGCCCCUGAGAUUUACAGAUUUUAGUCAUUUAAAGCGGGAUUCUGUUCUGUCACACCAGUAUAAAUAUGAAGAAUCAGGCAAUCUGGAGAGACAAGGUCCAGAUGUUUUCCCUUCCGGUUACUAUUAUGAAGAUCAGUGGAGGCCAAGAACACACUGGAUUCAUCACUUCAACAAUUCUGUUGAUGUUACCAAAUGUUUACAAGGAAAAGUUAUCUACUUGUUUGGAGAUUCUACAAUAAGGCAGUGGUUUGAGUAUCUGACAGCAUUUGUUCCAGAUCUAGUGGAAUUUAACCUUGGGAGCCCUAAAAACGUGGGUCCUUUUAUGUCUGUGGACCUGAAGCAUAGCAUCCUGCUGAAUUUCCGUUGUCAUGGACCACCCAUUCGCUUUACGACGGUCUUCACCAGUGAGCUACGCUAUAUCGCCAAUGAGCUAAACGGCAUUGUAGGCGGUAGAAACACCGUGAUAGCCAUAACCAUAUGGUCGCACUUCAGCACCUUCCCUCUGGAGGUGUAUAUCCGGAGACUGAGGAACAUUCGGAGGUCAAUCGUGCGACUGCUCGAUCGCAGCCCCAAAACAGUGGUGGUCAUCCGAACAGCUAAUGUCCAGGAGCUUGGGCCAGAAGUGAGCCUGUUCAACAGUGACUGGUAUUCCUUUCAGCUUGACACAAUCAUGAGGAAAAUGUUCUCAGGAAUUGCUGUGUUCUUUGUGGAUGCUUGGGAGAUGUCACUGGCUCAUUACUUGCCACAUAAUUUGCAUCCAGAAGACGUCAUUGUUAAGAAUCAAGUAGAUGCUUUCCUGUCCUUUGUUUGUCCUCUAGAAACUUAGCACAAUUGGUGAAAAGGAGUUCAUAGUUUCACUACAGCAAAACUUGACAUGUUUGCCUAAGUUGCUCUUUGUCAGAGGUAUAAAAUAAAGCCAAGAAUGAUGUGGACAAACUUUACAGUUACUGCAGUUGCAAGGGAGGUCAGUUGUUUGGCUUUUGAAGUUGACAGCUGAAAGGAGUGGCAGUAAAAGGAAGUAGACUAAUUCAGGCUGUAUUUAUAUCUUCCUGUACAGUAGCUUCCUCUUGACCUUGUAAAUUAUCUCAGAUAACUAGGGAGCUCCUUAAGUUAAAUCAAGGCUCAGAAGGAAAACUCUUUAAAUUAUUAGCUUUAUUGAUAGUCUGUACUGCAUGAGCAUUCACACAGCAUUGAUUCUGUUCCCAAAGUCCAAUCCUACCUCAGCGGGAAGGAUUAUUUAGGAGCAGUCUCUUUGUUAUUCCAGAGUUGGAGCCAGUAUGUAGGAAGGACAUUCCUAGACUCCUACAAUCAAAAGAAAUGAACAUAUGAACAAUUUACCACAAGUUUAAACUGGGAGUAAGGCUUUUCUGAGAGUCAUUUUUUUUCAGGAGAACUGCCUUUUUGAGUGUGUGCUCUUGCCCUGCAAUAAAUGGAAGGAAAACUACAGGAGUUUAGCUCUCAGUAGAAGAGAACACACCUACUGUUCUUUAAUUUUUCCAUUUACCACAGGUAAAGCGUGUGAUCACAGGGAGCUACAAUGACACAGCUGAUGCAUGCUAAAACCCUGUCUGUUGUUUUCCUGUGGUAAACUGUUCAUAUGCCCACACCCAGAAAAGCACAGUAUGAAAGCACAAUAUGGUUGUUCUAAAAUCCUAGUCUGGAGUCUGAAAGGGAUGUCCUAAAACCACUGCGUCAGUCAAGAAAGCACAAUCUAAAAAUCUGGAAUUGUCAGAAUAUUUUUGACAGUGAUAUAGCACACUAAUCAGCCAUCAGUGGUGUUUAUAGAAUGGCUGCUAAAUCAUCUGAAUAACCAGCACUAGCUUUAUUUUUGGACUGCUAUGUAUAUAUUAAGCUUUGAUACGCUGUUGUCUCAUCAGUUGGUGGAUCUGAAAUGGGAAAGAUGAACAAUGACGAUGCUAUCUUUGGUAGCUCCUGCACCUGAAAAAAAGAAAAUUGCAGAAACUAGUAUUCAUCACGUUAAAUAUUUCCUUUAAAAAAUGUGUUCCCCCUCAUCCCCCCUGUCAGGUGAGCCUGUUUUUCUUUUGUUAUUGCAUGACUGGGCUCCUGUUAAGGAAUAAGUUUUGUUUGAGGUAUACAGCAAGUAGGACAUACAGUACAAACAGGAUUAGGGAGUGAAUGGAAUGUUAAGUCCAUCUCUCAACAGUGUUAUUGUAAGUUCAUGCUCUGACUGGUUUGAUUGAUCUUCUGGCUCAUUUGCUUUUAGAUUUGGCAGUCGUUGCCCCAUUUUUUUCAACACCUUCAUUUCUGCAUAAUCUAGCAGUUUCCACUAGUGCAAAUUAUUUCUUUGUUUUGGACAGCUUGUGCAGUCCAAUAUUGGCAAGGUCUGUCCACAUGUUGCACAGAACUGACUGACUGAAUUUGUUUUUGUAUAUUUGCAAUUGUGUUUCUCAAUAUUGGAGGUCUGGUCUUUGCAGCUGGAGCCUGAACAGGAUUUAUGCUAUCAGUAAGAGUAUAGGUUUGUUUUUUGUUUUUAAUAAAAGUUUUAAUUGGAAGGCAUUUAAAAAUAAAUUGAGAUGUGUAAGAUCAAAAAUUACAAGCACACAAGUUGUGGACUUACAUACAAAACAAUUCAAAACAAGUUAAAAAUGACUGGAAGCAAGUGAUAUUGUGAGAUGACUCCAUUCCUACCAAGGUGCAUACAAGCACCUUGAGGCAAAAUUUGGUCCAGGAUAAGCUUUCAGGGGUUGAUGCUUCCCUUGGCUCUUCUUAAAGCAGUGUCCAAAAUGGUGGUGCUUUCUGUGUUUGGAGAUGUUAGUAGAAUUACUAACUGCUGAUGAACAAGCCUGUGUCAGUUCGUGUCUGAAGGUAAAUCACCUUUUUAUCAGCCUGUUCAUGAAACAAAUGAAUAAAGGCCCACUGAACUUAGCCAUGUAGCUUUUAGAGGAGGCAGAGCCUUUAACCUAAUUGUGCUGACAUACUGUUGGAAAAGUUCACAAUCCCCAGAAACCAGCACUGGGGGUUAGAAGCAAACUUUUAACUUGCGGGUUAAAGUUCUGCUCUCCUUGUUCACCCCUAUCAUAUGUUCAUUUACAAUGCAUUCAGGUCGUGGGUGCAUGUGUUGCUGGUCAGCACAAUCCUUCUGUUUCUUGUUCCCCUUGGUUCUUUUUGAUGCCAAUUUUGUCAUCUUCAGCAGCAUCUUGUAGAGCAGGGGUGGGCAAAAUGCGGCCCGCCAGACCAUUCGAUCCAGUCUGCGGGGCCCCUAAAAAAUUUAGAAAAUUAAUAUUUAGCUGCCUGUCAUGCGGCCGUCGAUGGCUUGCCAAAACUCAGUAAAUGGCCCUCCACCCAAAAUAAUUGUCCAUCCCUAUUGUAGAGGUUUAGAGUUGGCAGGGAAGAAAAGGAAUAUCAAUCUGAUUUGGCUUUUUGCUACCUUUUAAUCCUGGAUGCCAGAGUCAGCAAAGGUUUGGAGUUAGGGGUAGGGGAGUUGGAGGUAUUCUGGGCCAUAAUCCUCUGGAUCAUCCCAUGCACAGUCCCCCAUCAGCUGUUGCCAUUGUAGCCAGACCAGGCUCACUGAUACAGUUGAUUAUCUGACCAUUGCUGCACUGUGACUCACCUCUGCGGGGAUCCAAAAAUACUUGAAACUUGAUGCUGCUUGAAGCAGCAUCCACAUUUCAUCCCUUUUUUACUGUGGCUCUUCUGCAGCUGUCAGAGAGCUGGGUGGGUUGUGGGGUGGGAGUGAAUAUGUGCAAGAGAGAGAGAGGGAUCCUGGUGUUUUGUCCCCUUUUUUCUUUAUGGUUGACAGGCUACAUGGACCCUAUUGCAAAAAAGGAGAAGGAACUACUUGGAAAGGAAGCAUCCUACCUGGCCAUCUUUCCCUUGUGCUGUCUUUUUGCUGUCUCUCUCCCCACUUAUCACUGUGCAUCAGGUGAAAACACACAGAUGCAAGUGGCAGGUUCCUGUCAGUAUGUUGGCAACAUGCCCUGAAAUGAGUCCUACGCGCUGAUUUGUUCUAGUUGUUCCUCAUUGAUAGUAGGGCUGUGCAAAGCUUUGGGUGCCGAUUCUAUUCGGAGAAGAUUCAGCCUGAUUCGGCAGUUGAAUCUCUGAAUCUAAUCAGGAGACCAAUAAAAAGGUCUGAAUCGAUUCAAAGCUCUCCGAAUCAAUUCGGAAAACAUUCAGGCAGUCCCUGCUUACUGCCACAGGCAGCUGGACCUGGACUCUGUGCUGGUAAGUAGGGGGUUGAAAGCACUGGAGGAGGGGAGAGGAGACCAUGGGGGGACCCCUGCCAGGCUCCAUCACCUGCCUGCUCUCCCCAUGGCUGCCCUGCCUGGCCCCAGCCCCUGGUGCUUUAAAAAAAAAAAAAAAAAAAGAGCCUUGCACUUGCUGGCUGCUGCCAAUGGGGGGGAAGGUGAUCCCCAUUGCCCUGCACUGCAUAGGGGGGCUCUGCCACAAGCCCCCAUCCCCUGCUCGCUCUCUCUGCCCCAUUGAUAGCUGCCCUGCCCAGCCCCAGCUCCUGGUUCUUUAAAAAAAAACCCAAAAAACAAAACAAAAAAAAAAGCAGAGGCCUCACUGGCUGCUGCAGUGGCUGUCAGAGCUUCUGAGGGCUUGUGGCAGAGCCCCUCAAUACAGCAUGGGAUAAGUGGGGAACCCCACCCCCCUGCCAGCUUAGCAGCAGCUACUGAGUGCUGGGCUUUAUUUUUUUAAAGAGCCAGUAUGUUGGGGCUGGGUGGGGCAGCCAUUGACAGGGCUGGGAGAGCGGGUGGGGGAUGGGGGCUGUUUGAUUCAAAGAUUCGGCCGAUUUGCCAGUGGCUGAAUCUCCAAAUCAGAUUUGGCCGAAUUUCUGCUUUUGGGAUAGUGAUUGGGACAGUGAUUCGAAUUGUCAAAUCAAAUCAAAUCACUGUCCCCUGAAUUGGCCAAAUCUGAAUCCAAAGCAAAUGCUAGCCACUUUGCACAGGCCUAAUUGAUAAGUCUCAAAGCACUUGAACAACCUUGUUUUGCAGAUGUGACUUACUCAAAGUCAGCUGGUAGUAUAAUGACAGAGCCAGGGACAGAACCAGGUCUCCUAAGUCCCGGUCCUGUGUUGUGUUGUCUUGGUCACUUCCUUUCUAUUGUGCUUCAGGACCCCAAAUGGCAUAUUGAAUUCACUUUGCUGCCAGCACUGGAUUUAAGGCAGCAUGAGAAGUGAGUAAGCCAUGGUGCCGGUGCUGUGGGAAGCCAGUCUGGCAGAAGCUAUGCAUGUUGUGCCUCUGAUCUCUAUAGGGUUUAAUGCUUUUAUUCAUGUUUGUGCAGCACAUACCUGUGUUUAAUCAUGUUUCUUUAUGCAGCCGGCUAAGAGCGUGGACCCUGCAGCUUAACUUGUGCCUCUGGCUGACCUGGUUCUUUCCCUCACAGCUGGUUUGCCCAUGUUUAUGGCUGACUGCAAGAGUACUCACCACAUAGUAAAGUAUUGGGAGGCCACUGGAAGUUUUGGGUAGUUAGGUGCCUGACAAGCUAAAGUAAACUUCUUAUUUUGAGAGAAAUGUGCAAAAUAGGAUGAAUUGCAGCAGGUUUGAUGCUAUGUUAGCAGUUUCAAGGAGGGUCAGAUUGCGGGGGGAGAAAGGUGGGGCAAGGAAUGAAAGAACUGCCAGAAGGUAUAUUUCUGCUUUUUCCUUUGAAAUUAGUUUCAGUUACGACUAUGGAUAAUUUUAUUUAGGGCAUGAACUUCUGAAAUAGUAAAAUUGUGACUUAACUUUUUGGUUAAGAGCUAAUAUUUAUUGUUUUGGGGAAGGGAAAAGGGUAGAGUAAAAAAUAAAACUAUUAGUGCUAAAAAUGUCGAAAACCAAGGACACUACACUUCUAAAUAUCAGCCUCAAAUGUAAUUGUAACCCUGAUUUUAUCUUGCCCGCUGUGUAUGUAUUAUAUUCAUCCCUAAAGACAUAACUACCAGCAAUAAAAUAAAAUAUUUUUAAAGCA